CCCGUGGGGACCCUGAGGCGAGCGAGUGGGUGUGUGCAUGAGGGGGAGCGGCCAAACUUCCUGUCCCGCGCUCGGGCUGCUUCCGGCGGGAGCCGGAAGACGCUGUUUGUGGACGGAAUUCGGGGCCGACUGACGGACGGAAGGCUGCCCGGGACUGGAAGGUUAAAUUGAUUAUCUACCCAGCACAGCAUCUUACAGGAAGAACAUUGUAUUUCUUAGAGGAAUGUGAGCAUAGCAGGAAGGUGUCAUUGACUUUCAAUUAAAUUUGAACUUGUCUGCUGAACAGCUACAGGGUUUGGAAGCAGAAUCAAUGUUAUCAGAUGAGUUAGAAUCCAAACCAGAGCUCCUGGUACAGUUUGUUCAGAAUACAUCCAUUCCAUUGGGACAGGGACUAGUAGAAUCAGAAGCUAAAGAUAUUACUUGCUUGUCUCUCCUUCCGGUGACUGAGUCCUCAGAAUGCAGCCGGCUAAUGUUACCAGAUGAUACUCCAAGUCAUACUAACUCCUCCAAGGAAGUCCCUUCCUCGGCUGUAUUGAGGAGCCUUCAGGUGAAUGUGGGCCCAGACGGAGAGGAGACGAGGGCUCAAACUGUACAGAAGUCCCCGGAGUUUUUGUCCACUCCAGAGUCUCCUAGCUUGUUGCAAGAUCUACAGCCAAGUGAUAGCACUUCUUUUAUUCUUCUUAACCUAACAAGAGCAGGUCUGGGCUCUUCAGCUGAACACUUAGUGUUUGUACAGGAUGAGGCAGAGGAUUCAGGUAAUGACUUCCUCUCCAGUGAGAGCACGGACAGUAGCAUUCCAUGGUUCCUCCGGGUUCAGGAGUUGGCCCAUGACAGUUUGAUUGCUGCUACUCGUGCACAACUAGCAAAGAAUGCAAAAACCAGCAGCAAUGGAGAAAAUGUCCACCUUGGUUCUGGCGAUGGGCAACCCAAAGAUUCUGGGCCACUUCCUCAAGUGGAAAAGAAGCUCAAGUGUACAGUUGAAGGCUGUGACCGGACAUUUGUGUGGCCAGCUCACUUCAAGUACCACCUCAAAACUCAUCGAAAUGACCGCUCCUUCAUCUGCCCCGCAGAAGGUUGUGGGAAAAGCUUCUAUGUACUGCAGAGGCUAAAGGUGCACAUGAGAACCCACAAUGGGGAGAAGCCCUUUAUGUGCCCUGAGUCUAGCUGUGGUAAGCAGUUCACUACAGCUGGAAACCUGAAGAACCACCUGCGUAUCCACACAGGAGAGAAGCCUUUCCUUUGUGAAGCCCAAGGAUGUGGCCGUUCCUUUGCUGAGUAUUCUAGCCUCCGAAAACAUCUGGUGGUUCACUCAGGAGAGAAGCCUCAUCAGUGCCAAGUCUGUGGGAAGACCUUCUCUCAGAGUGGGAGCAGGAAUGUGCAUAUGAAAAAGCAUCACUUGCAGCUGGGAGCAGCUGGGAGUCAAGAACAAGAGCAAACUGCUGAGCCACUCAUGGGCAGUAGUUUGCUUGAAGAGGCUUCAGUACCCAGUAAAAACCUGGUGUCUAUGAAUUCCCAGCCCAGCCUUGGUGGAGAGUCCUUGAACCUACCAAAUUCCAAUUCUAUCCUGGGAGUUGAUGAUGAGGUGCUUGCUGAAGGAUCCCCACGUCCCCUGUCUUCAGUGCCUGAUGUGACACAUCACUUGGUGACCAUGCAGUCAGGGAGGCAAUCAUAUGAAGUUUCUGUCUUAACUGCAGUAAAUCCACAGGAGUUACUAAACCAAGGAGACUUAACAGAAAGACGGACAUGAACGUGGGUACUGACUCCAGGAAGAGCAGCUCUAUCUGAUUGCAGAGUGCAUAUAGUGGGAACAGGAUGCUAUGGCUCAUGAUCUGCCAGAACCAAAAUGAAUGUGUGAAGGACAAGACCCCACUUUUGCCUCAGUUCAUCUUCCCUGGCAUAGAAGAUGGAUGUAGGAGAGGUUCUCUUCAAACUACCAUCCGAUCCAGAUAAGGAAUGAAGCAGUGACUGUGGGCUGGGUAACUGUACCUACCUCUCUUCCCACUGCAAGUUUUUUGGGAUGGACUUCUCUCAAAAGCGAAUUUGUUUAUGUGUUGGCUGAAGUUUUCCAUUGUGACUGAGGGGAGGUUUUCCUUGGAAGAGUUUUCAUCUCGACUCAGCUAUCUUUUCACGUAGAUGAACUAAGGCCUGCCACCAACCACAGAACUUCACCAGGAAGUUGAGUUUUCAAGAUGCCUUGUUGCUUUGAAGAAGGGAGUGAUGUCAGUUCUGUUGUGACAUUCUCCCUUUAGCAACCUGAGUAAGAGACUCUGCCACUGGGCUGCAAAAAAUAAAUUACUUGAAUCUCCCCUUAGCCCAGGCUGAGGUACUA